AUGUUCAAUUCAAUCUAUCAUAGUAUUGGACUCGUUGCUUCUUUGACAAUUAUUCUAUAUGGCUCCAGUUAUUUCUUAUUCAUUGCUAAUGGCGAUGUUUACCAAGAAACACCUGCAACCACGCUUAUGCACGUAGGUUAUGUAACUUCCGCCACGAAUCUCGCUGGUUACAUCCUGCUUCGUAUAACCCGACGCUUGUCGCGACAUCAUCUAGACGGACCGAAUCACACACUUUCUCAAAGCUAUCAAUGUCGAGAGAACAUGUGUGUUGUGCAGCUGAUUUCCCCCGUUUAUAUCCUACUGUUUGUCACACGAAUUUGUCAGUUUGGAUUCCGACUCUAUGUGUUUUACAUAGGAUUUACAUUGGGUGCUUUUACUAUGAGGCUGCUGGCGCACACAUACAAUUUGUCUUUGGCUCUGAGUGUGUUUCUCACUCCCACGCUGCUCAUUCUUCUGCAGCCAAGAUUGGCUGGCAUCUUCAUCAAGGAUAAGGAGAGCCCGCGCCUGAACGAUGGCAAUCAAAUCGAUGGAGCUGCUUACUUUGACGAACUUAGGAGAAUGUGGACUUGA